CAAUUUUGAUCAAUUUUAACACUUCUGUCUCUGGGUUGCUUUUGUUUCUCUCAAAAUGUCAUCCAAGAAACCGGUUGUGAUUGUCACUGGUGGUGCUGAUGGAUUUGGUUCUGCGAUUGUUGAUCGUUUCUCAUCUGAGGGAUGCAAUGUUCUUGUGAUUGACGUUAACAAAGAAAAGGGUGACACCCAGGCUAGCAAAGACCAAAAUGUUAGAUUCAUUCAUGGGGACGUUACGCUUCGCAAGACAUGGGAGCAAACAUUAGAGCUAGCUCAACAAGAAUUUGGCCGUCUCGAUACUGUUGUUAAUAAUGCUGCCAUCUGUUAUGAUCCUUCUCCUGUUCAUACUCUAGACAUUUCACUCUACGAUAAGGUUUUCAAUAUCAAUGUUAAGCCAAUUUUUUUGAGUGUACAAGUUAUUGCUCCGUACAUGCUGGAAUGUGGAUCAGGUGUGUUUGUCAACAUCUCUAGCACUGGAUACACGCGACCUCGAUCUGGUUUUGCAUUUUACAAUGCUUCUAAAGCUGCAGUGACAACCGCUACUAGGACUAUGGCAUUAGAGUAUGCUCCUAUUAUUCGCUUCAAUUGUAUUGCCCCUACGGUCGGAAAUACCACCAUGCUUUUGCGAAGCAUUGGAGGCGAUGAUGAGACUGCCCAGAAAAUGAAGAAACUACUCAGUGUGAUACCCAUGGGAAGGGUCACAGAGCCGGCGGAUGUUUCAAAUGCCGUUUGGUAUUUAGCUUCUGAUCAAAGUUCUUUUAUCACUGGGACUUUACUUGAGGUCGAUGGAGGCCGUGGCGUCUAA